AUGAAGGUAUCUAACAAAAAAAUCACAUUUUUUAAUAGAAGAUUUGGUGCUUUAUGCAACUAUAAAUGUGUAAGAAGAAAAUUGGCUACUAGACCUUUCAAUGGAGACAUUUAUUGUACACAUCAAUACAAUCCAUUACUAAAGUUUGAAUCUACAAGACAGGUAACCAGAGGAAAUUAUCGUACAGCAUUUGAUUUGGCUCUUAAUGAAUGUAAUUACAUAACUUUGGGUGAUAUUAUCAAUCACCAAUCACAAUCCAAUGUUAUUCCUCGUGAUUAUUACAUCAAAGCAUUGAAAAGUGAGCAUAAUAUUGUUAGAUCAGUCGCUUAUCAAAGGUUAUCCUGUCACUAUAUCAAUAAUAUAAUACUAAAUAAUGACAAAUCUGAACAACUCAUUAACGAUGCAUCAAAUAAUGCUGAUUUGGCAAUUAAAUGUUACCCAUUUAAUUUGUUGGCCUAUGUAACUCGUGGUACAAUAUCAUUCAUUAUUGGAAAUUACUGUGAUGUACUUAAAUCUGUAAAACUGUUUAAGUGCUUCAACAAGUGGCACAAGUUACACUCUUAUAAUACAAUUUUCAGAAUGUACAAGAAAUACACUAGAGAAAAUUCACAUCAUUCAAGCAUCAAUUUAAACGCUGAAAUGCUAUCUCUUGAAGCUAAAUCAUUUUUAGCAUUAAAAAAUCCCAUUAAAGCAUUGAAUUGCUCUUUGAAAUUAUAUAAUAUAUUAUUAUCAAUAUCUAAUCCUCCAUUUUGUAUUGAUAACAUCAACAAUAGAUAUAAGAUUGGAAAAGGAUAUUAUGAUGAUUAUUACGGCAGAGAAACUGAUAAAAAAAUUAUAAAAAAUUGUGACAUAAAUGUACAAAAUGAGCACCGGCUGGCACAUCUAAAAGUAGAAUCCCUAAUCAUCGCAUCGUCCUCCAUAUGUGAAAUUGAACAUCAAAUUUUUUCAUCAAUUAAACUAAAUCAAAGUGUAUAUAUCAGUGAAAUUAAGAAGAUGGAUCGUGCUCAAGUAGAAUCUCAAACUAUAUCCUUCUUAGAACUGCACAAAAAUACUGUUGAACAAUGUACUACUGUAUGGACCUGUAAAAUUACCGAGCAAUGCAUCGAUUUUGUCAUUUCUGAAUUGCAAAAAGUGGAUUGUGAUGAAUUGAAACCAGAUGCCCUAGUUUGGAGCUCAGUCCUAUUAUAUGCCAGUGGUAGAUACACGGAGGCUGCAACACAUGGAAUUAAAGCUUUAUUAUUGGAUGUACGUAGCUCUGCAAAUAAAAGAAGGUUGUUUGACAACGAAGAAAAUGGGAUUAAUGCAGUAAAUAUUGUUGCACUAGUGUUUAAACACAUAAAUCAUCCAAAUUGGAGAAUUUUCACUUUGUUGUCCAAUUUACUAGUUCCGUCAAAAAAUUAG